AUGGCGAGAACAAAACAAGCGGAACCUUUGCGUCGCAAUCCAUCUUCCGAAUACACGAGUAAAGCAGAUGCGACCGGGGCGAGAAGCUUAAGUGCUAAGAAAUCGAACAAGAAACUGAAUGGGAAUGCGCCGACACAGAAUGGUGCACGCAAAAGUGAUGCGCUAUUGAAAGGGAAGACACAAAAAGAAGCUGGCGCAUUGCAAUUGAUAUUUGCCGUUGCUGGAAUUUAUGGUAGCUUUCUUACUUGGGCACUUCUUCAAGAACGACUCACUACAACUGCAUACGGAUCAGAAAAAGCACCUGAAAAGUUCAAAUUUCCAGUCUUUCUCAAUACGGUACAAUCCCUUUUCGCUGCCACGGUAGGCUACAUUUACCUACGAUUCGAUACUCCCGCCAAUAGCAAAACGCUACCCAUCUUCCCAAGUCAACGGAUUAUCUUUCCCCUUCUCGUUGUGGCCAUUACCUCCUCACUCGCCUCCCCCUUUGGCUAUGCAUCUCUUGAUCACAUCGACUAUAUCACGUUCAUUCUCGCCAAAUCAUGCAAAUUACUACCAGUCAUGUUUCUUCACAUAACUCUCUUUGGAAAACGCUACCCAAUUUCUAAAUAUGUCGUCGUCUUAGCCGUAACUUGUGGUGUCGGUAUCUUUACUCUCCAUGCAGGUGCUAAAUCUCAUGGAAAACCUAGCAAAGCGGCACUUAACCCAGAUCGCAAUACUGCAUGGGGACUUUUGCUCCUAGGAGUCAAUCUUUUAUUCGAUGGUCUCACAAACACAACACAAGAUUGGAUCUUCACAAGCUUCCAACCUUAUAAAGGUCCACAAAUGAUGUGUGCAAAUAAUAUUAUAAGCACUUUACUUACAACAUCAUAUUUGCUGUUGUCACCAUAUCUUGUUCAUACUGGAUUGGGAGAGUAUUUGGGUAUGGAUCUUGCAAGUGGCGCAGGAGAAUUGGCAGGAGCAUUGGCUUUUAUGCAGAGACAUCCAAGUGUUUGGAGAGAUGUACUUGGAUUUGCAGCUUGUGGUGCUGUGGGACAGGUUUUUAUCUUUUACACACUUUCAACAUUCUCGUCUCUUCUCCUAGUAACCAUAACUGUUACUCGCAAGAUGCUCACUAUGAUCUUAUCAGUAGUAUGGUUUGGUCAUACACUAGGCAGUAAACAGUGGAUGGGUGUAGGAUUAGUAUUUGGUGGAAUUGGAGCUGAAGGUGUCAUCGCGAGAAGAGAAAAAGCAGCCAAGGAAAAGAAGAAGUUGGCCGAGUCGUCAAAGAAGGAAUUGUAG